AGAGAAGAAGAAGAAGAGAAUCACAGGGUGCACGCGCGAUUUCUGGAAGGAGUCCUCCUGCUGUGGCCGUGUACGUGCGCAAAGGAAGCGAAGCGUAACGAUACCUGUUACCUGUUAUUUCCUGACCAGCACGCGCAUGCAGGGAUACCCUUGUAUUCCUAACCGAGCGAAAUAACACGUUCAUGUUUGGCCUGGUGAUGUAGGCACGCGGCGUGAAGGAGAGGGCAAGGACACGAUCAUUUCUAGGGAAGAGUCGUAUUUAAUCUAUCGCGCGGAUGGCAGGUUGUUUUCGGAGAUGCGUCGCCUGCUUGCUUUAAGAUGCGGUGAGGCGCAUCUCAGCAGGAAGGUCCCGGGGCUGGACCGGAAAACAGUCUCGACCCAGGACAUGUCAGAAACAACAACAAUAACAACAACAACAACAGCAAUAAUAAUAUAUGCAAGUCAAACAGAGAAAGACGCCUGAGGAUGCAGGGGGUAACAGUGACUGGAGAGGCACCCACACUGAACGGGGGUGGACGGGAAGAGGUAAAGAGUCAAAGUCUUCAUAUAGGAUACAUAAGAGUUAUAUUAUUCCAGCGUCCUCUCAAGCAGUCCCUUAGUGGCUCUCUGUGCCGGGAGUCUCAUUGGAAGUGCUUGCUACUGACCUUGCUCAUGUACGGCUGCUUUGGCACGCUAGGCUGGUGCUCUCUCUAUCGCAUCACAGUCAUGGCUUCUGACGACCAAGGUCCUACCUACUACUAUGGUGACCGAGCCCGGCUCUACCACGAUAGUCCCUGCUCCAACGGAUAUGUCUACAUCCCUGUGGCUUUCCUAGCCAUGCUUUAUGUUGUCUACCUAGUGGAGUGCUGGCAUUGCUACUCCAAAACAGCCAACCUGUCCAAAGUGGAGAUCAGUCAGGUGUACGACAGGAUCCAGCGUCUGCAGCAGGCCACACCAUGCAUCUGGUGGAAGGCCAUUAGUUAUCAUUAUGUACGACGGACCAGGCAAGUGACACGUUACCGCAAUGGUGAUGCCUACACCACCACACAGGUAUACCACGAACGGGUCAACACACACACCGCCAGCUCUGAGUUUGACUACACACGGCAUGGUGUCAAGGAUGUGUCCAAGGAGCUGCAGGGCUUAUUGGAUCACCCUGUUACCCGGCUGCGCUUCACUAAGUGCUUCAGUUUUGCCAGUGCACGUGCGGAGACCGCUUACCUUACACAGCGUGCCCGAUUCUUUGGUGAUAAUGAAGGUCUGGAUGACUACAUGGAAGCACGUGAGGGAAUGCACUUGAAGAAUGUAGACUUUAGGGAGCACAUGCUGGCAUUUCCAGAUCCUGCUCGGCCGCCUUGGUAUACACGUCGCUGCGUCUACUGGCUGGCGUCUGCUCUGCUGCUGUCUUGGCCACUCCGUGUGGUGGUUGAGUACCGCACAGCCUAUGUCCACUAUCAUGUUGAGAAGCUGUUUGGUGAGAAUGAGGAUGCCAAUGAAAAUGAAAAUAGAGACAACUACCAGACAGGCUUCGAACAUGGCACUGGAGGUCCCACUUUACAUGUCAUAUCACGGGUAAACACAGUAGACAUAACAGAACUGGAGUGGCACAUUCGCUGCAACCAGCAAAUAGUGCCCAGCUACUCAGAGGCCUUGUUAAUGGAUCUGGACAUGAACCCAAACACACCACUGUCUGUUGCAAUGGCGGCCCAAAUGAGACGCAACUCAAGCUACUUCCUCCAGAGCUGUCCUCGCUGCCGGAGGACAACAAGCAGCUCAUCUCUGCCUUCCUGGGUCAGAGGGAACAUAGUUGUAGGGGCAAACUCCUUUCCCAUCAGAGCAGGAGGAAGGUUGGCGCUGAGUCGCAGUGGCUUUUCCCUGGGACGUUUGCACACCACACGAAAUCGACAUACCUGCCUGUUUCAUUCAAGGAGUCUCGGAGGAGGAUUGGCAGGACGAGGGGAAGAGGGAGGUGGCUUUUUAGGUUUGGGGUUCCGUGGGUCAGAUGAGGAGACAAGGGGUGUUCUAGAGGGGGAGGAUGAGGAGAACAGUGAGGUGGAGGAACGACGGGUGAGGCAGGGAGAUGACAUAGAAAAUGGUGAGGCCAGAGGAGAGGAGAGAGACAGGCCACCAGCCUAUCAAGACGCUCUGUACUUUCCUGUGUUAAUCAUUCACGGAGAAGAGAGCUGUCAUGGCGGGCGGGAUAUUGACACAGGAUAAUGGCUGGGAUUAAUAGGAAAUGUAGAUUAGAAAGUUUGCACUGGUGUGUAUAGACUGCAUGUAGAAGGACCUCAGGUAAGUGAUGAAAAGAGAUGAAACAUGGUCAGAGUUUGGAGAUCAUGGAAGAAAAUAGAGCACAUAACUAGGGAAGAGACAGUAUAUAGGCUAAACAGCUUAUUGUUCUGACAGUUUUGAAAUGAGAGUGGCAGUGAAUGUUGACUCAAAUGUCAGCGAAUGUAUGUAGGUUUUAAAUAAAAAUGAGAUACAUGUAAGUCGAUCUGUGUCAUGUCAAAUUGACAUGAACUGACCCUUUAGAAAAAAAAAACAUUCUAAUAAGCAUGAAUAACUACAUAUCAGUAUCCUUUUAUUUCAUAACUUGCAACAGAAUGAAAACUGAAAAAAAAAAUGCAGACUUUUUCCACGUAACCUUUCACUCUAGGAGUAUUGUAGUUUACAUGGAAACUUGGACCACUGUACCUGAUCACUUAGUGAAGACAUUCCACACCUAGCAAGUUAAAAAUUAAUAUAGUUCAUGCAGACAUUUGCAUAAUGACAUUAUAAUACCAAAAGUGUAACAGUAGUUAUACUAUAGAAAAGAAAUUCAGUUCCUCAAAGAAAUCAGACCAGAUAGAAACAAAUCAAAUGAUCUCAGGGGAAAAGAAUACUUUUUAUAAUGGGGAAUGAAAGAAGGAUGGAAAAGAUUUGUUAAGUGAGCAUGUAGACUAAUGCUAGUCCUUUCAUGUUUGUAUUUGUGCUCCAACCAACUGUAUUGUCUCAUACUUGUUUUAAUCACUUUCUUUGCUUUUCAAAAGCCUGGUGCUCAUGACUCCAAUGUUGUUGGUCUUAAAGGUGUUUCUAUUCAUCUCCAUGUCUACUGAUAGAAAAAGCAAAACUGCAUAUAGCUAUAAUAAUGCAUUAUUUUUCAGCUUGCAUAUUCACAUAUACAUAUGAUUUGCAUUGUCUGGACUCGGGAGAAAAUGUGUACAAUGAUAACCAUUUUAAAGGGGAAGUAUGUAAAAUGUAACAAAUGUAACACUGAUAUAAAAAGGAAAACAAAUUCAUAUGUAACUCUUCACAUCACCUGCUCCCUGUACUGCUUGAACAAUGGCAGAUUUUGUCCUUUGUUACAUUUAUAGAAAUUUGUCCUUUAGUUAGGACAAACUAUCCUUUAUAUAUAUAACUUCAAUGUCUAAUGACUGUCACUAGUGAAAAGCACACGAUUGCCUAUAAAACACAAGUCAUGAUUCAGAGCUUCACUGUCUAAGAGAAAUAUUUCAACAGAUACAAACCAGCUUGAGUCCAGGUUUACUGACACAGAUCAGCAUCUGCACGUUGUGUAGGCUCAGUAGCAAGCACAAGUCAUAUGAUUUACAAACCGUGCAGGGAAGAGUGUGAACAAAGACUGACUGUUGAGAAGCUCAUCACAGAGUAAAUGAAUGUACAAGAGAGUCCUGUGGAUGUGAGGAAUUUAUUCUGCAGCAAAAUCUGUGCUGUCAAAAUGAACCCUCAGCAUGAAUCACUUUUUUGUCAGCAGGAUUGCUAUCACCCUAUGUUCACACUAGCGAGCAAUUAGCCACUCGUUUCGCUUGUAGUUUAGCUCUAGGUGACAUGUAGAAAAUGCUACUGUUGUCACUAGUGGACAUGUUCAGCACUUUUUUUUAGCUCUGAUGACAAAGUUAGUAGUUACUAUUGUAGUUAUUAGUAAUUUGUAAAACUUACUAGUAAAACACAAAUUAAAUAACACACUUUUUAAAUAAUGUUUGCACCAACAAACAAUUUUCAGCUUCCCAGACGUUAGACAAGAGUUUAUUACAAAAUUUUCAGUGGGAUUUGAAGAAAUAUCAGACCAUGUGUACUAUAGGUUUGGUCCAAAGAAUCAUUCAAACCAGUCAUUUGGAUUUGUUAUUUUACUGUCACACUUAAUUUGCAUAGUAUAAAACUGUGAAAAUCUCGGUGCUUAUCUGUUGCAUUGUUGCUUGCUAGUGUGAAUGUAGGAUUAGGCUAGUAAUUACUAAAAGUUCCACUAGCACUACACCUUAUUUCUGUAAUGAUCAUGAUGAUGAUGAUGAUGAUGGUGAUAAUGGUAGUAAUGGUUAUACUGGGUGAUCAUAUAAAUAAAGUCAAACACUUAGAAAUGUGUUUAUUGUGUUUAGUAAUUAUUUUGUUAAUCAGUGCAAUACUUUUAUUUCUUUUUAGUUAAUUAUUAUCUUAUGAGGUAUUUAUUCUG